UCAACCUCACAAGACUCCAGAGUCCACUCCAAGUUCAGCAACCCACAUUGUUCGUACCCAUCGGCAUGCGGUUUCUUUAUAAACAGGGUCGGGCGCCCUCGAGAUCACUCGUGAUGAUGGCUGGGAUCUCUGAAAAAACCACACAUCGCCUACUCCCGACAUCAUGGCGCACAAUGUCGAAGUUGUUGGCCUAGGCACAGACGCCAAGAUCAAGCUGGUACACCGGCACUUGAUCGGCGUGCACACUGCAGCAGCAGCUGAAGCCAUUGGUCUUGCCACCAAGGCUGGGCUUGCCCCAAGGGACGUGUUCGACAUCAUAAAGAAUGCAGCAGGAAGCUCGUGGUCAUUCAAAGACCGCGUGCCACAGAUGCUCAAUGAGGAUUGGGCGCCACGAUCAUCCUUGGACGCGGCUGUGGACAACAUGGGAACCGUGAUAGCCGCAGCUCGUGGUAUUCAAUUCCCUCUGCCGGUGGCGUCAGUGGUGGAGCAACUGUACAUCGCUGGUGCUGCGCAAGGCUACGGGAGCGAGGACGACGCUGCUCUUGUCAAGCUUUUCCUCCAAGACGGUCAUGUCACCUCGAAGAUAGAGCAAACGGCUCACGACGGAGCCCAGCUGACGCCUGUCACAACACCAGUGGAGAUCGCUAAGGUUGGUUUCAUCGGCCUCGGUGCCAUGGGUCAGGGCAUGGCCGCUUCGCUUGCAAGAGGAGGCUUUGACGUGCAUGGCUACGACGUGUGGAAGCCAUCCAUCGACAAGUUUGUGUCCACAAAUGCAAAGGCGACCGCAGCCGAAUCACCAGCCAUGGCUGCAAAGGAUGCUGAUAUCCUGCUGCUUAUGGUUCAGAACGCCGCGCAGGCAGAAGAUGUUCUCUUCGGCUCCGGCAAGGCCGCCGCUGCUCUCCCCGACGGCGCCGUUGUUAUCCUUGCCUCGACGGUGCCACCUUCUUUCGCGCGCAAGUUGAAAGGGAUGCUGGGCGACUUGGGCCGCAAUAUCGGAAUGCUCGACUGUCCCGUGAGCGGGGGUGUGGUACGCGCCGCGAACGGUACGCUGAUGAUCAUUUGCUCCGGAGAUGAGCCAAUGGUGGAAAAGGCACACAGUGCUAUCCUCUCCAUGACUGGCACACCGACCAAUCUAUGUCGCGUCAAGGGUGGUGUAGGCGCAGCAUCAUCUGUCAAGAUGAUCAACCAGCUACUCGCCGGCGUCCACAUUGCGGCCGCGGCCGAGGCCAUGGCACUUGCGGCCCGUUUAGGUCUCGACACGCGUGAGGUCUUUGACCUCGCUUGCAAGGGACCAGCUUGGAGCUGGAUGCUCGAAAACAGAGGACCGCAAAUGCUCGAGGCGGACUGGACGCCACACUCGGCGCUGGCUAUCUUUGUCAAGGAUCUGGGCAUUGUUCUGGAUGAGGCCAAGAAUCUGGGGUAUUUUGCGCCCAUCUCGUCAGCCUCACACAACUUGUACCUGGCGGGCGCGAGCAAAGGCUGGGCGAAAGAGUCGGACGCGGGUGUCGUGCGUCUGUGGGACGUCUCUGUAUCAGCGAAUGCGUCACCCAAGGCAAGCAAACCGCAGAAAGAAACGGAGACAGUUCCCAUCAAGCCUCUGCCUGCCAAGAAGACGCUCGCCGCACUGCCCGAGGAGUACUCAACAGAUGUUCUCGACGACAACCGUCGGUACGUCGACAGUGGGGGCGCGCCUGUGCUUGUGGUGCUGGAUGACGAUCCCACGGGCACACAGACCUGCCACGACAUUGACGUGCUGACCGUUUGGGAUAUUGAGACGACACGGGCCCAAUUCGAGCGCGAGUCGAGGGGUUUUUUCAUCUUGACCAAUAGUCGAGCCCUUCCAUCGACAGAAGCCAAGGCUUUGAUCCUGGAGAUUUGCCAGAACAUAAAAGAGGCGGCGAAGCAAGCCGGGAAAACGUUCGAAAUCGUACUACGCGGCGAUUCCACGCUCCGAGGCCAUCUCCCUGAAGAGCCAUUGGCAGCUGAAGAGGCUCUUGGAAAAUUCGAUGGCUGGAUUCUUGCACCCUUCUUUAUGCAAGGGGGCCGGUAUACGAUAGACGACGUGCACUAUGUCCAAGAGGGCGAGACUCUGGUGCCAGCCAGCCAAACCCCCUUUGCACAGGACGCCACGUUUGGGUACAAGAACUCCAACCUACGAGAGUAUAUCCUCGAGAAGUGCGGUUCGCGGUUCGACUCAUCGUCAUUCUUGUCCGUGACGCUCGAGGACAUCCGCACGGGAGGGCCAGACGGCGUCAAGGCCAAAUUGCUUUCGCGACCUAUUGGUCAAGGCACUGCGGUUGUCAUUGUCAAUGCAGUAGCCGAGUCGGAUAUGCACGUCUUUGUCGCAGGACUACUCAAAGCGCAAGAGGCUGGACGGCGAUAUCUCUAUCGCACAGCGGCAGCGUUUGUGUCGUCGAGACUUGGCAUCAGGGGCAUCGCCCCGUUAAGCAUAGACGCCGUGUCACCGCCAGCAUCCGUCACAGGCUCGUCGUCAGCACCUCCCGCUGGAGGACUCAUCCUGGCCGGGUCCUACGUCCCCAAGACAACCGCACAGCUCAAGAGGCUGCGUGAGCAACGAGGGUCCAAGCUGGCUGUCGUGGAACUUGACGUGUCUGAUCUCAUCAAGUCAGAGGAGUCGGCAUCUCAAACCAUUGCCGCUGCCACCGCCACGGCAAAUGCAGAGGUCGCUUCGGGCCACGACAUACUGGUCAUGACUUCGCGGACACUCGUCAAGACGUCUGACGCGCUCGGGUCGCUUCAGAUCGGGUCGAAAGUAGCCAUUGCUCUGGUACAGAUUCUACAGGGCAUCGAGACACGGCCGCGGUAUAUCAUCGCCAAGGGUGGCAUCACGUCGUCAGAUGCAGCGUCCAAGGGGCUGAACAUGCGGCGAGCACGGAUUUUGGGGCAAGCAGCACCUGGUGUGCCGCUAUGGAGGUGCGAUGAGGCCACGAGUCGCCACGCUGGGGUGCCGUAUGUGGUGUUUCCUGGAAAUGUAGGGACUGACGAUACGCUGGCGGAUAUUGUCGAGGCUUGGGAUGUCUGAGUAAGGUCGGGCACACAACCAAAGCAGGAGGUAAUUAGAAGAAGGACUCGAAAUAGUCGCCCGGCUGCAGGCGUUCCGAUCUUCCGGGGCCCGCCGCCCACUGCUCACGACCGCUUCCGGCUUGGCGGGACCGAGUCGAAAUACCUUCGCUCCGUGUCCGUCGGAGAGAAUGUGGCUCUAAUUCCUCGGUAUCCCACUGUCCCGACUCCCACACGUUACUAAUGCUUGACUAUCAUUUGUAAUGACGCUA